UAACACUGCAAGUGACUCAGACCGAACUGCGCGGCAAAAGAGGGGAACACAAACAAAAACAUGUGGCUGAGGCGGUGAGAAAACGGGUACUGAGGAGAGCAUCCGAGUUGACUGACCGUGGACGCCAUGGGUUUGCACUCGGCCCAGAAGAAGCACUUCCCCCUGCGGGGGAUCGACGGCGUUGUUCAGCUGUUUGACGCCGAGCUCCGCAAGUCUGAGCCGGACCUUGCUCUCCUCUCCCUGGUCCUGGGUUUCGUUGAGCAUUUCCUCGCAGUGAACCGGGUCGUCCCCAUCAACGUUCCGGGGGUCCGGUUUGAGCCGCUGGAGGCGGACUGUCCCACCUCCUGCUUUCCCACGGUGGAGCUGUGCAUGAUCUCUGCUCUGUACGAGCGCUUCACGGCCCAGAUCCGCGGCGCGGUGGACCUGUCCCAGUUCAGGAGGACGGGUGCCGUUUCCAGCCGGGAGCUGGUGAAGAAAGUGUCAGAUGUGAUCUGGAACAGCCUCAGCCGCUCUUACUUCAAGGACCGGGCCCACAUCCAGUCCCUCUUCAGUCUCAUCACUGGUACCAAACUGGACAGCUCCGGUGUGGCCUUUGCAGUGGUGGCAGCCUGCCAGGUUCUGGGUCUAAAGGACGUCCACCUGGCGCUGUCUGAGGACCACGCCUGGGUGAUCUUCAACAAGAACGGCGAUGAGACGGCCGAGGUCACCUGGCACGGGAAGGGCAACGAGGACCGGAGAGGGCAGACGGUCGCAGCGGGAGUCAACGAGAAGAGCUGGCUGUACCUGAAGGGCUCCUACAUGAAGUGUGACAGGUACAUGGAGGUGGCCUUCAUGGUCUGUGCCAUCAACCCCUCGCUGGACCUGCACACCGACAGCUCUGAGCUCCUGCAGCUGCAACAGAAACUCCUGUGGUUGCUGUAUGACCGAGGCGACCUGGACAGGUAUCCCAUGGCCAUGGGCACGCUGGCAGACCUUGAAGAUCAGGAUCCGAUCCCAGGCAAGGAGAACCCUCUGAAAAUCCACCUGAAGGCGGUCAGCUCUGCUCAGAGGCACUACAACAACGAGCACAUCUACCCCUACAUGUACCUGGCUGGUUUCCAUUACAGACACCGGGCGGUGCGGGAGGCUCUCCGGGCCUGGUCCGAGGCCGCCCAGGUCAUGCAGGAAUAUAACUAUUUCCGUGAGGACGAGGAGAUCUACAAGGAGUUCUUUGACAUCGCCAACGACGUCAUCCCCACCCUGCUGAAGGAGACGGCCGCCGCGGCCGAGAGUCCUGAGGAGGGAGAGGAGGGAGGAGAAGGAGCUGACACGGAGCAGCCCAAGCAGGCAGCGGCCCUCUCGGCUCUGCAAGACCCAGAAUGCUUUGCCCACCUGCUGUGUUUCUACGACGGCAUCUGCAAAUGGGAGGAGGGCAGUCCCACGCCGGUGCUCCACGUGGGCUGGGCCACCUACCUGGUCCAGUCUCUGAGCCGCUUUGAUGCUCAGGUGCGCCAGAAAGUGUCAAUCGUCAUCAAGGAGCCAGAGUCCCAGGACGAUGACGACAUGUCCAGCGACGACCCGCGGGAGGGCCGCAGACGGGGGCCCCGGAGAGAAUCCAAGCUGGAUGAGCAGGGCUCUUCUCCUCCCGCUGCUCCACCCUCUCCAUCCUCUCAGCUACCAGCAGCAGCGGUUCAGCUCAAGAAGAUAGGAGAGGGAGGGGCCCACCGGCGCUCCUCCCAGGGCCCGCGGGCCGGGGACGCCGAAGGAAAGCCCAAGUCCCCCAGCCCGGAUUCUUCGCCCUCGUCCCAGCGGCAGGCGUCGCCGGGCCCAGCCGGGCCGGUGGUGGCCUUCCAGAGCGAGAAGAUGAAGGGCAUGAAGGGGCUGCUGUGCGCCGCCAAGGUCAACUCCAGCGCCAUCAAGCUGCAGCUCACCGCCCAGUCACAGGUCCAGAUGAAGAGGCAGAAGAGCACGCCGGCCGGGGACUACUCCAUGCCCUUCAUGAAGCGGCAGCGCAAGUCCCUGUAGACGCCGGGAGACCGCAGGAGAUACUGUGAACGGAGACCUGGUUAGUGACCCGGUUAGUGACCCGGCUAGGGACCCGGCUAGUGACCCAGUGCUGUCCUCCAGACGGCCGCUUCAGUCAACAUCCGCAUCAUUCCCAGCAAUAUGUUUGACCUGCAACACUCGAGUCAAGCGCCACGUAUCCGGUUAGGAGGGAAGCUUUCAUUCUGUUGAGCCCAGGAGAGAGAGAACCACGCCUGGUUCUCUGGAGAUGGUGAACUCUCAUUCAUCAUUAGUCAGUGUUUUUAAUUGGCAGCCAAUUGCACACCGACUCCUCACCUCAGUCACUUACAGGUGGAUGUUUUGAAGCCAAAGUAACGAGGAUGACCCGAAUGAACCGUACAGACGUGUAAAUAUCUACUUGUACCGUUAGGAACCUGUCCAUGACUGAAGCCUUGGAAGUGAUUUAUUUUAGGAUAGUUACUGUGUAACAUUGUCCACUUCUGCUCUAUCGACGGCUUCUUUCUUGCUAGCUCUAUGUUGCCUUACUUUGCCUUUGUUCUUAUCUAAAGUAGACGGCCUUUAGUUCGGAGAAUAGCUAAGCCGGGCCUAUUUCUAAUGAUUAGAGAGGACCAGGAGGACCAUGCACUGUUGAGACCGUGGAGCCACAUGAGGCCCCCCAUACCUCCCCCCGUUACAUCCUAUUUGCUUGAUGACUUGUGGAUUUUAUUAUUGUUUCAUUUUGUAUCUGCAAGUAAUAAAGACCUGAUGGUGAGA